GCUUCGCGUAAAGCACUCGAUAAUCAAAGAUGGCGGCAUUUCCGAUGUGGAUGUUUUCCUGAACUUUUGUACUUUGUUCUUUGGUGCAUAUACAUUUCGCUUUUCCCCCUGACUCCUCUUCGGGUGGCUGUUGUUCAGGACAGCAGCACCGCUGGGUCGUGCCGGUUGUGACAGCGUGUCGUGGUGUUUCUUAGUAGACUUAUCUUAUCAAGCGUCAGUUAACUGUCACCGACCGGAGACAUUAAACACCUCACCAGCUUCACCAGACAUGAAGGAGGCUCUGUCCCUGGUCCAGAGACUGAGCGCACACCCGGACUCCCGGUGCUGGUUCGUCAGCUGGAGCCCGUCUGGGACGCUGCUCGCUUCAUGCGGGGGCGACAAGGCCAUCCGGAUAUGGGGACGAGAAGGUGACUCUUGGAUUUGUAAGAGUGUGCUUCAGGACGGACACCAGCGCACUGUGAGGAAGGUGGCAUGGUCUCCCUGUGGGAAUUAUCUGGCCUCUGCCAGCUUUGAUGCAACCACAUGCAUCUGGAAAAAGAAGGACGACGACUUUGAGAGUUUGACAGUGUUGGAAGGACAUGAAAACGAGGUCAAAUGUGUGGCGUGGGCCCCUUCAGGGAAUCUGCUCGCGACAUGUAGCCGAGACAAAAGCGUCUGGGUCUGGGAAGUGGAUGAAGAAGAUGAGUAUGAGUGUGUCACGGUCGUGAACUCUCACACCCAAGAUGUCAAGCAUGUUGUGUGGCACCCGACCCAGGAGCUCCUGGCUUCAGCCAGCUACGACAACAACAUUUGUAUUUACAGGGAAGAGGAUGAUGACUGGGAGUGUAGGGCCACCUUACAAGGACACACGUCCACAGUCUGGAGUUUGUCUUUUGAUGCGACUGGACAGAGAUUGGCCUCCUGCAGCGACGACCGCACUGUGAAGAUUUGGAAAGAGUAUCCAAAUGAAGCUGGACAGGGAGACUUGUCGUGGAAGUGUGUUUGCACUCUGUCUGGGUACCACGGACGGACAGUGUAUGACAUCGCCUGGUGUCGACUGACUGGUGCCCUGGCAACUGCCAGCGGCGACGAUGCAGUGCGAGUGUUUAAGGAGGAUGAGUCGGCUGAUCCAGACCAGCCGGUGUUCUCGAUGGUGGCUCAGGUGACCAAGGCUCACAGCCAGGACGUCAACUGUGUCGCCUGGAACCCAAAGGAGGCGGGACUGCUGGCCUCCUGCAGUGACAGCGGGGAGAUCGCCAUCUGGAGGUUCCAAGAAGAAGACUGAACACGUGGUCUCUCAUUUAACAAAAACAGUUACUGCACUGGGAACAUCGUGGCCCUGAGGUCAUCACGUUACCGUUCAUUCAACUUUUACAGCUUAUCUGAGAGCUCAGCAGGAUUCUGCUUAAUGUUGUGGUGUAUAAACAUGUCACCUGCCAACCUUCAUGUCUGUUUCUAAACAGAUAGUAACGCUUCAGUGCAUCUUGUGCUUUGCGAGUCUCAGCUCAACUGAGAAUUUAUACAUUCACUAUGUUUAUAUAAAUCAAUAUAUAACAUUAUGAAAAA